AUGAUUCUUUCAUUAAUUAUAGCUUAUGUUUUGUUUAAAAUUUUGGAAGUGGUUCUACCACCAUGGAAUUUCCCAAGAAAUAUACCAACUAUUCCAUUUUAUGUUUCCUUUUUAAGUUCAUUUGGGAAGUACGAUCAAAUUGAUAUCUUUAAUUUAUAUUUAAGGGAAAAACUUGAAAAGUAUGGUGCUGUUAAAAUUUAUUUUGCUUCAAGAUGGAACAUUUUAGUUUCAAGACCAGAAUUGUUAGUUGAAAUUUUCAAAAAUGAUGGUGUAUUUGCAAAAAGCGGGAAUCACAUCAAAAUUCCUGGCUCAGUUUUAGCUACUUAUACUGGAGAUAAUAUUAUUUCAUCAACUGGUUCAACUUGGUUAAACUAUCGAAGUGUAUUAAAAAAUUCAAUUCAAUUUCCAAAUUUAGAUCCACUCACUAAAAAUACUGCAAAAGUGUUGAAUAUGUUACCUGAUGGAGAAAUUACAGACACUUUACAGAGAUAUUCAUUACAAAAUAUUGGUGAUUGUAUUAUGGGAGUAGAUUUUGAAGCAUUAGAAAAUACUAAUAUGCAUAAUCAAAUAAAAUACAUUAAAAGACAAAUUUUUAAACCAUUUUUCAUGAAUUUUCCAAGUAUUGAAAAACUCCCUAUACCAAGUAGACUCAAAGCUAAAAAAGAAGUUGAAAAUUUUAGGUUUUGGUUUGGACAAAAAAUCAAGGAGCACACUCAAAUUGGUGCUGCAUCAGAAUUAGUUCAAGCUUUAGAAAAUGGUGUUUUAACAAAUAAACAAUUUUUAGAUAACUCAAUUAUUACAAUGGUUGCUGGUCAUGAAAAUCCUUUGUUAUUAAUGCAAUCACUUUUAUUUGUUUUGGGUUCAGAUUCAAAUCUACAAGAAAAAUGUAGAUCCACCCCAAAAUUUCUUGAUUUUGUGAUUUAUGAAACUUUAAGAAUGUAUCCCCCACUAAAUCAAAUCAUAAAUAGAUGUACCACAAGAUCGGUACAGCUUGGUGGUGAGAUUCAAAUUCCUCAAGGUGUUUAUGUUGGCUAUAUGAAUCUUGCAACUGGUAGGGACAAGAAUGUGUGGAAAGAUCCAGAUUGUUUUAAACCGGAACGUUGGUCAGUUAUUGAUUAUACCAAGGCUAAAAGAGACGCUCAUUUGCCCGCAUUUCAUGGAAGGAAAAGAGCAUGUUUAGGUGAAAAAUAUGCUUUAUUUGAAUGUAAAACACUAGUUCAUGCAAUUUUAGGAAAAUACAAUUUUGAACUACUUAAUAAAAUAAAAUUUACACCUUCGGGUCCAAUUUCUCCAAUAGGGAUGAAAUUUAAAUUUAGGAAAAUUGAAGAAAUAUGA